AUGGAGACCUCCACACCGCAAUCUUUAGGCCGCAAGCCCAGAGUCCUAUCUAUUGCAUGUCCCUCUUAUGCAGGCGAUGAGUUUGUGUCCAGGUUCCAAUCUACUUGUGACCUGCAUAUCAUCUUGCCUAGCGACAGAAAAGGCACUGUUCAAGCAAUUUCAGACGCGCGGAACUCCGAUGGACCGUUUGAUGCCGUCCUGAUCGGCAUGGGCAAUGGCGGUUAUGAGAGGUUUGACGAGGGCCUGCUAGGCCCACUCCUGCCGGAACUCAAGAUCGUUGCCUCCGUAAACGCCGGUUACAGCGAAUUUGACAUGGAAUGGUUCAACAAAAACAAGAUCGUCGUGACUAAUACAGUUGAUGCGGUCGCUGAGCCGACGGCAGAUAUUGCAAUUUUCUUGAUGCUUGGAGCUCUGAGGGACACCUCCAGGCUCGAAGGAGAGAUCCGAAAUGGUGGAUGGCGUGGUGGGUCAAAGCUCCCCCUACUGGAUCCCAAGGGCCGAACGCUUGGGAUCAUAGGAAUGGGAAAAAUCGGAAAGCAUGUCGCGCGCAAGUCGCAGGCUUUCGGUAUGAAUGUGCAGUACUACAAUCGGACCCAGCUUUCACCCGAAGAAGAAAGCCGCCUCUCUGUUGAGUAUGCGGGUAGUCUAGAAGCCCUGCUCAAGACAUCUGAUGUCGUAUCAAUCAACUGUCCACUCACUCCCGACACACGAGGUUUGAUUGGUUCUGAUGAAUUCGCAAAGAUGAAGGAUGGGGUCAUCCUUGUCAACACUGGCCGUGGGGCAGUGGUGGAUGAGGCAGCCUUCAUUGAAGCGUUGGAGAGCGGCAAGGUUGCCCGGGCUGGCCUCGAUGUUUUUGAUGGAGAGCCCAACGUCAAGUGA